GGCCAAUAGAAUACGCCUUGAAGAUUUGUCGUCUAAUUUUGCUUUCUAUUCGAAUCGACGAUAUAUGAAACCAGAAAAAAAGGCAAAUUCGUUAUCAGCAUUUCUCGAUUUUUUUCCGAUUUGAUUAGAUUCGCUCAUGGCAUUUUCACUCGUCGCUUCUCAAGUUCUUGUCAAUUAUUUUUUUUUGUUAGAGUCCAUUGAUUGGCACACACACACACACCAAACUUAAUCGAAUCAAACAAAAAUAUUUGACGGAACCAGAAAACGACAACGACAGAUAUAUCUAUUUCAAAAUCGUGGUGAUCGAUGAAUGAGAGCUUGGAAUGUUUUUUCGAUUUUGUUUAUGUUAAAUUCCGCUUGUGAUCAACAGAACUUUAAAUUAUUCAACUCCAUUCUUCUGUUGUUUUCGCCAAAAAAAAAUCUCGCCAUGAAACCAUGAAAAAUCAGCCUAAUAUCGUGGAUAACUGCAACGCCCAAAAUAAAAAAUUAUAAAUUAUUAUCAUUGCCAAGGUAGAGAGAGAAGAUGAUGAUGAUGAUGAUGGUACCAACCAACAACAACAACGAAAACGAUCACUGAUGAGUCAUCAUUAUCAUUUUUUUUAAUCAGCCAUGGUUUUUACCUAACAUUCUUCAUUAUUCGCUAUAUUUUGAUCAGGUGUACAUGUGUCCCGUUUUGCUUAUUAGAGACGAAUCGAAUUCGUCGUCAUUGUCGGUCACCAAGUGUGUGUGUGUGUAUUCAUAUGACAACAACAACAACAACAAUGACAAUGACAUUACCGGAAUAAUUUUCGAAUAAAUGAAAAAAACCUAGAAUAUCAAUUUGUCAUUGUGUCAACAUCAAACGGAUUUGAUUCAAAAAUGUCAAAACUUGACGAAUCGAAUGAACCAGCAUCGAAUUGUUAUUGUGGCAAAUAUCUAUUCACGAUAAUCAAACUGCCUUGGAUAAAAUGUAAAACAUUUUAUAGAAAAAUCGUGAAUCGAAAUACAACUAAAUCGAAAGCUAACGAUAAACGAAAACAUUCAUUGUUGAUAAAUCAAAUGAUUAUCGAUAAUAAUAAUCAAAAUAUUGAUAAUUUAUCAUCGAAAACGAUAAUAUUUACCAUGAAUAAUAAUAACAAUGGUGGUUACAAUGAUGAUACAAAUUGUGAAAAUUUAUUACUUAUAAAAUGUCCAAAUUGUCAUAGAAAAUCAGUGAUAGAAUCAAUGAUGACUAAUAAUCGAUAUUCAUCAUUGUGGCAAUUGUCCACUACAAAUGAUCGAAUGAAACAAAUUGUAUCGUCGUCAUCGAAAAGUGCAAUGAAUUUAUUCACCUGUGGUGCUGGCAAUAAUUUUCGAUCACAGCCAAAUACACCGGCAUGUAUGCCGGAAGAAAAUCCCAGAGGAAAAUUGCAGACAAAAACACCAUCACCAUCCAAUUAUUGUCGUGUGGCCACAUGUGAGAAGCUACAUAUUCAUGAUAUAACACCAAAGUGCCUGGAAACAUUUGCACCAUCCUCGACGUGUUCAUCAUGUCAAUAUUGUGAUCGUAAACAUAUUGGACCAAAUCAUGAUCAAUUAUUGAUGGUUAAACAAUUAGUUAAAGAGCUUCCAUUAUCACCGACGACAAUAAUACCUGUGACAGACACAGUAAUCGUGGACGGUCAAACCAUAGAAAAUCAAAAACCAGAAAUAACAACAGGGUUAACCAGUAGUCUAUUGAUGCAAUGGCCAUUGCCUGAAUAUCGGCCACAAAAUUCUCCAGAUCAUCUAUAUAGAAGAUUUGAAUUCUAAGUUCCAGUUCCACGUAAUCAGAAUAUAAAUGUAAAAUAAAUCAUCAUUGUUGUAAUAAAAUGAAUAAUUUUUCUAUCAAAAAAAAAAAA